GCGCGCGCUCACACAGAGCACUCACUCAGCCCGAGCAGACGCGCGCGCACAAGGAAGAGAGAGAGCGAGAAAGAGAAAGACAAGAACCGAUUCGACGCGAAUAAAACAAAGAAGAGAACAUGAGAUCCGUCUACCAGCUGCUCAGCCUGCUGUACGUGUUCGGCAGCUUGCGCGUUCACGAGCUGGAAGCUUGCUCGUGCGCGGUCUCGCACCCGCAGGACGCCUUCUGCAGCUCGGAUGUCGUGAUCCGGGCCAAAGUGGUGGGGAAGAAGUUGUUGAAUGAUGGACCGUUUGGCACCAUGCGCUACACAGUCAAGCAGAUGAAGAUGUACAAAGGAUUCAACAAAAUCCAGCAUGUCCAGCACGUUUACACAGACGCCUUAGAGAGUCUGUGUGGAGUCAAGUUUGACAUUAACAAAUACCAGUAUUUGAUUACAGGUCGCGUGUAUGAGGGAAAGGUUUACACAGGACUCUGUAACUUUAACGAGAGGUGGGAGCGUCUGUCACUCGCUCAGAAAAAAGGAAUGAACCAUCGCUACCAACUGGGCUGCAGCUGUAGGAUUAAGCCUUGCCACUACUUGCCCUGCUUCGUGACCUCAAAGCACGAGUGCCUGUGGACGGACAUGCUGUCACACUUCGGCUAUCCUGGAUACCAGUCACGUCACUAUGCCUGCAUCCAGCAGAAAGAGGGCUACUGCAGCUGGUACCGGGGCAUGACCUCUCGCGACAAAACCAACAUAAACACCACGGACCCAUGAAAAAUCCCAUCAGUCUUGUUUUUUUUUUUUGUUUGUUUGUUUGUUUGUUUGUUUGUUUGUUUUUCUACUACCCAUGACACCGAUCAUUGUUUUUUUUUUUUCCCUCUCUACAAGUUUCCCUUCCUUGUUUCCAAAAUAUACAGAAAAUAGAGGAAGGACAAAAAUACGUGCCGAAUGACAAUGAUAUUGAUAUGAAUGCCUGUGGUAGCACUUUAGAGGUAAACCAUACCUGUGUUUGAACGCAUACUAUAUUUACAUACAUAUUUGCAGAGACGCACAGAGACCGAGCAGUUAAUCCCCUCAAAGGAGAGGGAUAGAAGGAGAGACAGGAAACGAAUCAGGGUAAAUCGACAGCUCUCGGUCCUUAUCAGCGAUUAGAACUUGUGUCACGAGUACAGCCGAACGUACGACGUGACCGACAGUACGAUGUACUGGGUUCAGACAGAAACAUCUAGGAAAUUCUCCAUGCGUUCGCUCUUCAUGUCACACUAAAACUCAAGAUGUGUUUAUUUUUCCAUACCUCUUUAUUGGUAUGUAUACCGAUGCCAUAUUUCACUUUCUAUUCGUGUUCCGUGAUUAAGUUUCGAGAUGGUUACAUUUUAAUUGUAGAUUUUUUUUUCUUUUCAACCCCUGGCAAUUUUUCACCUCACCUUAUUGUUUCGUUUGAGACUGCACUAAACAAGAUUUCUAAACUGCUGCCUCUAUGGCGAUAAAACCAUUUGGACACUUCACAUCACUCCGUUUUAUGUUUAUAUAUAUAUAUAUAUAUAUAUAUAUAUAUAUAUAUAUAUAUAUAAAGCCAGAAGUGUUACUGUGAAAAGGUUGGGUGUCAGACACAGCAUCACUUAACACAGCACAAUGUAGAGCAGAACGAUCUGCCGUGAUAUUCAGUACAGUAUCAUACUUACAGUCCGAUCCGUUCAGACGUUAAAAAUGAACGAAAGCAAUACCGCUCCUCUUUUUCCGAAGCAGAUUUCCCGGUCAAGUGUUAUUUUUUUAUUAUUUAGAACGAUAUGAUUAACUGUAUAGAUCCACCAUGUAUGCUGUAUAAUAUCUAUUUAUAAGUGAUCCUUUUUGCCUGCCUCCGACUUUGUGCUGUAGUUGUUCCGACUUUCCUAAUAUAAUCCUCUGCAUUCAAAGUUUUAUUUGUUCGAAUAGUCACGAACCAUAACAGAGUUAUAAUGUAUAUUUUUUACAGGUCUAUCCGCAUAGCACACUUUGUGGGGAACAGUUAUUUUUAUGAACAGAGCAUUUUUAAGUUGAUUUUGUCAUUUGUUCCUCUCGCUCGUUUAUGGUAUAAGCUAAGAUAAAGACGACCUGACUAAAACCUCUGUCGCAUUCGGAGUUAGUGCUUUAGAUGAACGUUAUUCCGUGGUGUAGAACAGAAUCAGCUUUCUGCCCUGCACUGAUUUGUAUUCACGACUGAGCUUAAUCUUAACUGAGAACUAAACUGCCCCAUAGUGUGUUACAAGAAAAGGUGACAAAAUCCCAGAACCCAAAGUCAAGUCUGUGCCACUUGUUAUACAAUGACGGCAAUGUUAUUCAUGUUAAUCUGACGGUACUUUUCUCCUGGGAAAUUAAGCUGGCUGGUACUAACAAAGUGUCUUUUCAUAACCGUACAAACAGAGGUUUUAGUUUCGGUAUAAGUUUUGAAUAUCUGUAAAGAUAUUGACCUGUUUGAAAUGGACAGAUGCAAAUAUCGUCGAUUUUUGUUGUCGUCGUCGUCGUUACUAAGCUCUCGUUUGGUCUUUUUCAUCUUCAUCACCGUAUUGACAGUAUCUUCAGUUCAUUCCUCUAUAUGAGACCGAGAUGCCUCCAGCAGAAACUAUUCAGUCAUGAAAUGCCAUUUCCAAUGAAGAUUUGCCAUAAGGAACUGAACAUUAGUGGAAAAUAAUAGCAUAACAAAUAAAAAAAUAAAUAAUCCACAGCAAAAUCAAGGCCGUCUUACGGAACCCUGAUGGAACGAAUUGAACCAGACAAAUACUCUUCAAGAUUAUAAAGAACUACUGCUGUUGGAAUUAAAAAUACACCGUAUUCAUCUCGGUAAUUAUCCGUAUUCAAAAAACAUGAGGCAUCUUAGUCUCCAUCACUUUAUACUGUCUGUUUUACACACCUUUCAGUCAAUCAUGUCUUGAAUAUAAUUAAUAGAACAAUCAAGGCUUUUAUUUUUUAAAUGUACUGUGUGGGCGUGUGAGUUUGUGUGUGUGUGUGUGUGUGUGUGUGUGUGUGUGUGUGUGUGUGUGUGUGUGUGAGUGUGUGUACACUGAGUUGUAAGGGGAAAUGACUUUUCUUUGUAGGAGCUUACAGAAAUGUUAUGAUUUUUAAUUUCUCUUUUAUAUUUUUAUAAUAAAGAUUUAAUGAAAAUUGCAUUUGUGAACAUGUCCUAUUUAACAAAAUGUAUGUUUAUACUUUAAAUCAAACGAAUACGUGCCUCCAUCUGGGCAAAGUGUAUGUAUAUUAUAUCAGAUUUUAUGUCUAAAUAAAACACAUUGAGUUGGUUCUUGUA